GAGACAUGCUAAACCACUGCUGCUCUCAGAUACACUCAGCAGUCAAAACACCUCUCUAUUAAGACCUUCACACACAUCUGGAUCACUGCUAUUAAGUUUAUUUUGUCUAAAUGCUUAGAGGACUGUUGAGGUGUUUGUUACAUGAAGUUUAAUUCAAGAAAACAGGAGAAGUUGAUAUAAACAUUUACUACUGAAAUACAGAACUCUUGAAAGAACUGGAGCAUGUGUUAAGAUGGAUGUAAGGGUGCUGUUGAUAUCAACUUUGCUAGCGUUGGUCUCUCACGUCAGAGCAAAAACAGACAGUAACGAAUGUGUUUCUGCAAAUGCAAAAACAUGUGGAGAAUGUAUUCAGGUCGGGCCACAGUGUGUGUGGUGCAAAGAUCCUGAUUUCAAACCUUCACGCUGUGAUAACCAGGAGUCCCUGGAAAAAGCCGGUUGCACUUUAUCCGGCAUUGAAAACACUCGAGGGUCAUUGACCAUCGACAAGAACAAACCCGUAACGAACCGUAACAUUGAUAAAGCGGUGAAACUGGAUGUUAGUGAGAUAACCCAGAUUCAACCACAGAAGCUCACCCUAAAUCUCAGAGCAGGUGAACCACAGAAGUUCAAUUUGAAAUUCAAACGCGCAGAAGAUUAUCCCAUUGAUCUUUACUUCUUGAUGGACCUCAGCGACUCCAUGUUAAGUAAUCUUGAGAAUGUCAAGAACCUCGGAUCUGAACUUGCCAAGGAGAUGCAGGACAUCACGUCGGACCUGCGGAUUGGGUUUGGCUCAUUUCUGGAGAAGCUUGUUAUGCCCUUUAUUCUCACGACUCCAAAGUAUCUGAAGAAUCCAUGUUUUCCUGGUGACUGCACUGCGCCCUUCACCUACAAACACGUCUUGGACCUGACCAGCGAUGGCCAGAAGUUCAAGGACGAAGUCAGCAAGCAGCGGACCUCUGGAAAUCUUGAUUCACCGGAGGCAGGAUUCGACGCAAUCAUGCAAGCUGCCGUCUGCACGAGCGAGAUUGGCUGGAGGAAUGUGACUCGUCUUCUUGUGUUUUCUACGGAUGCCGGAUUUCAUUCUGCUGGAGAUGGAAAACUUGGGGGAAUUGUUCGUCCCAAUGAUGGGAAAUGUCAUCUGCAGAAUAAUAUGUACAAUAUGGGCAACCACUUGGACUACCCCACAAUCUCUCAGCUGGCAGAUGUGCUGAGCGAAAACAACAUUCAGACCAUCUUUGCGGUGACCAAGCCUUUCCAGAGUCUUUAUGAGGAUCUGUCUGCUUUAAUUCCUAAAUCAGCAGUGGGGACUUUAUCUGACAGCUCCACCAAUGUCAUGCGACUCAUCGUUGAUGCCUAUACUUCUUUGUCCUCUGAGCUCAAUCUGGAGAACAGCAAGCUGCCCGAUGGUGUGUCCAUCUCAUAUGUUUCUCACUGCAAGAACGGAGUGAGCCAAAAAGGAGAAAAUGGACACAAGUGCUCCAACAUCUCCAUUGGGGAUGAGGUGAAUUUUGAUGUAGAAAUCACCACUGUGGGUUGUCCAUCUAAAGGCAAGUCUCAGACGAUAAAGAUCAAACCAUUGGGAUUCAGUGAGGAGGUGGAGGUCGUCCUCAACUUUAUCUGCGAAUGUGAGUGUCACAAAGAUGCAAUUCGUAACAGUCCAGUGUGUACAGGCGGCAAUGGUGCUUUGGAGUGUGGAGUUUGCAGGUGUAACGAAGGCCGUCUUGGAAGGUUAUGUGAAUGCAGCCGGGACGAGGUCCUGACCGAAGAUUUUGAUGCAAACUGCCGCAAGGAUAAUUCAACAAACAUCUGCAGCAAUAAUGGAGAGUGCGUCUGCGGGACGUGCGAGUGCAAAAUACGAGAUAACCAGGAUGAAAAGUACAGCGGCAAAUACUGCGAAUGUGACAACUUCAGCUGCGACCGCUCCAACAACAAAGUCUGUGGAGGUCACGGCAAGUGCGAUUGUGGGAAAUGUAUUUGCGAUGCUAACUACACAGGCAGUGCGUGUGACUGCCCUCUGGACACCUCAACCUGUUUGGCCAGUAACGGAGAAAUCUGUAGCGGUCGAGGCAUCUGUAAGUGCGGAGAGUGUACAUGUACCGACCCAAACUUUCUGGGGAAGACCUGUGAAGACUGCAAGGACUGCCUUAAAUAUUGUACUGAACACAAGGACUGUGUUCAGUGCCGAGCAUUUAACAUUGGCGACAAGAAAGAUAAAUGCGCGAAAGAAUGCGGACACAUCAAUCUUAAGAUGGUGAAGAAGAAGGAGGAUCUUCCUCAGCCCCUUUGCAAAGAGCGAGAUGCUAAUGACUGUUGGUUCUUCUUUACUUAUCCUACCAAAAAAGGGAACACUUUUGAGGCUCAUGUGGCGGAUAGUGUUGAAUGCCCCUCUGGGCCUGCCCUCAUCCCCAUUGUGGUGGGUUUGGUCGCGGGAAUCGUUUUGAUCGGUUUAGCCCUGCUGCUUAUCUGGAAGCUGCUCAUGGUUGUUCACGACCGUAGGGAAUUUGCCAAAUUUGAGAAAGAGAAGAUGAAUGCCAAGUGGGACACGGGUGAUAACCCCAUCUAUAGGAGCGCUGUGACCACGGUUGUGAAUCCCAAAUAUGAGGGCCAGUAAUGUAUGGGUGUAUAGAUCUUCAAGCAACACAUUUAAAAAGGAGUUUUUUUUUCUUUUGGCUGUGCAUUUUCUACUGAUCUGUAUCAUUUGUUAAAAUUUUAUAUGUAUUGUUUUGUAAUUGUACAGUAUGUAUAAACUCUUAGACAAAAUGUCAAUGUUUAGUUUAAUUUUUGUUUGUUUUAUUCAUAAAUUUUUUUUCAUAUCCUUCAUAUCCUUGAUUUUAAAUAUAUGUUGACAGCAUCUCUGUUCUGUUACCACUGAGUUACCAAGUUUUUCAAAUGAGCUUAAUAAUACCAUCUUGGUGUUUUUAAAGUGCCAAUUUCAUUUUUACAUAAUGCUCACUGCCACCGUCUUUUGUUUAUCAGUGUUAUUUAUAAAUU